GAUUCACAUCGCAGCACAGCAAGGCAGGAUUGUUACGUUUCCCCCAUUAACAUCGUCAAGCAGGCAUCUGCUUAAAGCUCCUAGGCUGGAAAUGGAUCAACAUGUCUCCUCAAGGGCGGAUCAUCCCACUUCUGGUUUAGGGAUGGAACGUCCAAAACUAGUUUCCCACUUCCGGUUUAGGGGUUGAUGCUUCAAAAUUGUGAUGAACAGAAGAGAAUGUUUAAAUUUCAUCAAAUGAAACAUAUUUUUGAAAUACUUGAUAAAAUGAGAUGCCUGCGAAAACGUUCUACAGUGUCAUUCUUGGGAGUUCUUGUCAUUUUUCUCCUUUUUAUGAACUUGUACAUUGAAGAUAGCUAUGUUCUGGAAGGAGACAAACAACUUAUAAGGGAAACAUCCACACAUCAGCUGAAUUCAGAGCGCUAUGUUCAUACUUUCAAGGAUUUAUCUAAUUUCUCAGGAGCCAUAAAUGUCACCUAUCGCUACCUAGCUGCCACACCUUUACAAAGAAAGCGGUAUCUUACAAUUGGACUUUCUUCAGUAAAGCGAAAAAAAGGAAACUAUUUACUUGAGACAAUUAAGUCCAUUUUUGAGCAAUCCAGCUACGAAGAGCUGAAGGAAAUUUCAGUGGUGGUUCACCUAGCAGACUUUAAUUCUUCCUGGCGUGAUGCCAUGGUCCAGGAUAUUACACAGAAAUUUGCGCACCAUAUUAUUGCAGGAAGAUUAAUGGUUAUACAUGCUCCAGAGGAGUAUUACCCAAUCCUAGAUGGCCUUAAAAGAAAUUACAAUGAUCCAGAAGAUAGAGUCAAAUUUCGUUCCAAGCAAAAUGUAGAUUAUGCUUUUCUGCUUAAUUUUUGUGCCAAUACUUCAGACUAUUAUGUAAUGCUUGAAGAUGAUGUUCGAUGUUCAAAAAAUUUCUUAACUGCCAUCAAGAAAGUCAUUGCAUCCCUAGAAGGAACUUACUGGGUAACUCUUGAAUUCUCUAAGCUUGGCUACAUUGGUAAACUCUAUCAUUCUCAUGAUCUCCCACGUUUGGCACACUUUUUAUUAAUGUUUUAUCAAGAAAUGCCUUGUGAUUGGCUAUUGACUCAUUUCCGUGGUCUGUUGGCUCAGAAAAAUGUGAUCCGUUUUAAACCAUCUCUCUUUCAGCACAUGGGCUAUUAUUCAUCAUACAAAGGGACGGAGAAUAAGCUGAAGGAUGAUGAUUUUGAAGAGGAGUCAUUUGACAUUCCUGAUAACCCCCCUGCAAGUCUGUACACCAACAUGAAUGUGUUUGAAAAUUAUGAAGCAAGCAAGGCUUACAGUAGUGUUGAUGAGUACUUUUGGGGGAAACCACCUUCAACAGGAGAUGUUUUUGUGAUUGUAUUUGACAAUCCAAUUAUAAUAAAAAAAAUUAAAGUAAAUACUGGAACAGAAGAUCGGCAAAAUGAUAUUUUGCAUCAUGGAGCCCUAGAGGUUGGGGAAAACGUUAUGCCUAGCAAACAAAGGAGACAAUGUUCUACUUACUUAAGACUAGGAGAAUUCAAAAAUGGAAACUUUGAAAUGUCAGGUGUAAAUCAAAAAAUUCCAUUUGAUAUACAUUGUAUGAGGAUAUAUGUCACCAAAACACAAAAGGAAUGGCUAAUUAUUAGGAGUAUUAGCAUUUGGACUUCUUAGCCAAUUAAAUCAGUAUGUUCAGUUUCUGAAGCAGAUCUUCCUGCUGCUUCUUUUGCUACCUUUGUCUUUUGGAGGGAAAGCAAUGGAUGGGAUAUGUUUAAAAAAAUUAAUUACAUUGGAAAUUUUCAUUUAUACAUUGUUGACAUAAUUUUACUCUUAAUAUACACUUGUAUUUAUUUUAACGUCUGAAGUUGAAUAUCAGUCUGUAGCUAAUGCUACUUUCAUUUAUAUUUUUUUCUUUUUUUAAUUUAUUAUUAUUAUACUUUAGGUUUUUAAAUGUUCUUAGUUUUAAAGUUUCAACUGAUUGUCAAAAGGGUAAUAUGAAAGAUUUUAAAUGAAAAACAUUAGUUUGUUGGAUGAUGAUUUUUGAAAAAUAGUCGCCAACUGUAUAUACUUCCUCAAGAAUUGAUAAUUCAUUAUAUCAUCAGAUAGCUUUUAUUAAGCAUCUGUGGGAAUAUACAGUUGGGUGGAAUGAUAAUCUGGUUUAUUUUUUGUGUAAACUUAGGUUUCCAUUGACUUCUGUACAUCUACAAUGAAUACCUCCUCAUAGAAGUGGUGUCUUUACAACAUAAUUUUUUGUGUAGGUGAGGCUAUGGAAAAAGAAAAAAAAGACUUAAAAAGAUCUCUCCCCUGAUUAUUUAUAUUAAAGGGGACAUUGUUCAUUGUUUAAAAACAUUUUAUUGAGCAUCUAUUGUUGAUAAAUUUUCUGGGGGAAGCAGUCUUUUUCUAGUUUCCCUUUUGCAAAAAAAAAAAGAAUAGUUAAGCUCAAUAUUUUCAGGUUACAUUGAGUACCCACAUUUAAUAGAAUAAAUUAGGGAAGGCCUAUAGUAGUUAGCUCAUUCGUACAGACAUUUUCAGUAUAUGCAGAAAAUUUUUGGAAAUUGAUUUUAUACAUUUUGUAUUAAAAUUCAUGUGAUUGAAAUUAUUGUGAUUUAUCAUAUACUUUUUUGGAAUUUAAAUGGGUAUAUUAUAAAGGAGAAAAUUAAGAACCAUAGAAAUUAGUUGACUUUUCUAGAAUCAAAGAUCUAUU